GCCGCAGAAACCAAAACAAACCCAGCUGAUUAGAAGCAGAAGGCCUCGAUUACAAUAACCGGUUCUUAGUCACUCAGGCUCACUGCUCUCAGCUAAUUAGAUAUUUUUGCUGAGCUAUUCGGCUAUUUUAACUAUUUAUUUUCAUAAUUUGUGCCUUUAAUCAUGUUUUUAGUAGGCCUUACAGGGGGCAUUGCCACCGGAAAGAGCACAGUGAGCUUGAUGCUGAAAGAACUUGGAGUGCCUGUGAUUGAUGCGGAUCUCAUCGCAAGACAAAUUGUAGAACCUGGAAAGAAAGCUUGGAAGAUGAUCCGACAAGUUUUUGGGGAAGAAGUCUUUCUGGAAUCUGGUGAGAUAGACAGAGCAAAACUAGGUGCUGUAGUGUUCGCAGAUAUAGAGAAGCGAAGGGCGAUCAACAAAAUCACGCACCCCCUGAUUUAUAGUGAAAUACGCUCUCAGGUGUUCAAGUAUUUACUGAAAGGUGAACAGUUUGUGGUGUUGGAUCUUCCUUUGCUCUAUGAAAGCAACAAGGUGACCUCAUAUCUAUACAAGACCAUUGUUGUGACAUGUGAAGACGAGAUUCAGUUAGAGCGUUUACUAGCAAGAAAUCAGUAUACAGAGAAAGAAGCCAUUGCCCGCAUUGAAGCCCAGAUGCCGCUCGAGAAGAAAUGUUCCAUGGCCGAUAUUAUAAUUGAGAACUCAGGGAGUCUGGCAAAUACAAGGAAACAAGUGGAUGGUAUAGUGAAACUAUUAAGAAGUUCCAAUCACCACAUCUACAACCGCGUAGUAUAUGGAGGCAUGCUCCUAGCAUUCAUCUCCAUUGCAAUCUUCUUACUGUUCUGGUAUUACCUUGGAUGAUGAGCCUGAUUAUUUACUAUAAUUUUAUGUGACUAGUUUAAUGACAGAGGCACUUUUUAUUAUAUUCUGGGACUGAAAGCGACAAAAGCUAUUUUCAUUCCUCAUGAUUUUUUAAGGGAACAGAUGUGUCAGUGAAGAAAUGAUUGCAAUAUCUGUUUAAAUUUUGAUGGCGAGUUUUUAAAAAGAUUGACCUAUUUCAUGAUUAUUUUAUGAGGACUGGUUCAGUCAUACUCACUUAUACAGUGUAAGUGACUUGAGGAUAAGUUUACUUAAGUGUGAAUUUAGCAUAUUAAUCUACCAAUGAAUGUGAAUGAAGAUCCGGACUGCAACUACUUCAUUUUUUUUGCAAAUUUACUUCUUUAUUUUAUGUAAAUUUCAUGUUCACAGACUAGAGGAUUCUUUUUUUUGCAUUACCUUCUGUUCAGAAACCCAUAUUUACAUUAUUGAUGCAAUUUUAUUUGAAUAUAUUUUGUACUUCUAAUAUUCAUAGAUUUUUAAAGUAAAUGGUAAAUGUUCUAAAAUGCAUUUGUUUUUUCUUCUUGAAUACAUUGUCCAUGUUCAUAUUUAAUACAGAUGUGUAUAUGUGAAAAAUAUUGUUGUGACGUAAUGAACAUGCUGCAAGGCUGUGAAUCUUUCGAAUAAUCAAUGUCUUGUAUAGUGUAUGUAUGUCAAAAUAUUAUUUUUAAAAAGGUUCUCUUUCUAUGUAUAAGAUUGUAUGUUCUUAUAGUAAUUAUGUUGAUGCACAACUAGUUGUAUUUUUAAACAGUGUAUUUUUUCAUAUUACAAAUUUACAUAUCAGCAUAGAAAAGGAAAAUCCAUUUGGCAUUUUGAAGUGCAAUAUUCUCUUGUUUUUCUGUUGUAUAUGCAUGUGUAUGUGUCAAAGCAACAUUUAUUAAUCAACAAGGAUAAAAGUGCGAUAUGUAGUCCCAAGGAAAAGCUAAAUUGGUUGUUAUAGUGUGGAGUCUGCUAAAUUUACUUUUUUUCUGUCAUAUUUUGGUCUCCAACUACCUUUAAUUGUAUAUUCUUUUCUGGGUAUUUUAGAUAAGCAUAUAUAUUUUUAUUGCAAGAUCUGUUGUACAUUUUGAGUCAGAUUUGACUUAUGAGGCAGAUGUACAUUCUUUUUAGCAUUUUCUAUUUUUAAAAAUAGCUUGCUUAGUUAUAUUUUACAUAAUCGACAUUUUCAACUUUUAGUAUGGACUAGCUCAGAAAGUUGUUAAAUUAGUAUCAUUGUUUUAUAGCUACUAUUAUCUCAAAGCUAAUAAAACAGAGGAUUUAU